AUGAGAGCCGCCACAAUCAGCUGCGCCAUCUUCGUCCUGGCAACCUGCCUUUUGAGGAGCAGUGAGGCGGUGACCUGCACCGCUGACCCCACCGUCACUGGCUGCAUCAACUGCACCACCGAUCCCACAAACGCAGAAUGCGUGGCCGAGGCCGCCACCACCACCACCACCACCACCUCAACCACUGUGGCGCCAUCCACGAGUUCCAGCACCUCCGCCACGCCCAGCAGUUCCUCCGGAAACGGCAAGAUUGUGCGUAUAACCGACCUGAACUACUCCGUCUCCCGUCGCAUCCACCUCAGCACCACUACACGCUCCACCAACCGCAGUGGCAGGAACAAUCGUCGGCGCAACACCAAUACCAACAAGAACCGCAACCAGAGACGCAAUAACAACAAUGGCAGGCGUGGCAACAACAGUAGCCGACGUGGUAACGGAAAUGUCCGUGUUGUGGCUGUUUAG